AUGUGUAGUUAUAGCCCUGUCUUGAUAGAUCACUUGGACGCAUGGUUGCAGGAGCCUUUCUGUCUCCCCCAAAGAAAAUUGAAAACAGAGAAAAGCACCAGGUUUACCUUACUUGCAGAAUGUUCCAACAACACUGAUUUGCCAUUAAUUCUGCAAGUACUCACCUUCUUCAGGCUUGGCAGAAACAGGUUCCUUCCUGUGUUCAGGGCAGACACAAAAUCUCUUUCUUACAGUGAACGGACAUGUCUUAGAGUCUGGUUACUACUGGAGUUUCCAUUGGAGUCCACCAUACUCAGGAUGGAGAAAGAUAGUGAUAGAAUUUUUAAAAUUUAA